AUGUUUAUGUUCUUGAAUCUGUUUUUUGAUNCUUCUACAACAUUCACUACUGCCCAUUUGGAUGGAGAACAUUAUGUUUUGAAUGGCGAGAAGAAAUGGGCUACGAACUGUGCUGGCUGGGAUUAUACAGGUGCGGAUUUACAGUGUGUCGUGGUGAAGAUCAAAGAAUCCUUUGCCGUCAUUUCCGUCACAUCAGAAGAUAUAAAGAACAACGCACAUGGAGCGUACACGAUCAUCGAAGAUAUCGAAACCGUCGGACAUUGUGCUGUUUCCGGACCGCAUAUAAAGUUCACUAAUCUUCGAGUACCUCUUUGGAAUCGACUCGAUCAAGAUGGCAUCAAAAUAGUUGAAACAGUUUUUACUAUCACGGCUGGUCUUGUUGGCUCUUUUUGCACUGGUGUUAUGCGUACAGCAUUCGAGAAAGCAUUAACAUUUGCACGGACGGAGAAGCGUGGAGGAGAUACGUUUAUAAUCAGUCAUCAGAGUGUGAGCGACAUUCUUAUUUCGAUGAAAGCGAUCUUGGAAGCAUCAAGAUAUUUAACGUGGAAGGCGCUGCACCUUUUCGAAACGACUGGCAAUGGAGAACUUUGUUAUCUUGCCAAGAUCUUCGCAGCUGACCAUUGUGUCCAAGUGGUUUAUGAUGGAAUGCGAGUGAUUGGCGUUGAUUCUUACAGCAAGAAAUAUGGAUUCGACAAAUUGCUUAUGGAUUCGGCUGUCUUUUCAAUAUUCGAUGGUGGCAAUGUCGGAGUACGCAGACGUCAAGUUCAGGACUUGUUUAAGAGUGACAGCUAUGACCCAUUAGGGCCAAUGGGUUAA